AUGAACAUCAACGGCCACCAUCCCCCCCAAUCUAAAUGGGUUACCGGGCUCUUUGAUUGUGGCGGCGAUCCAGCCACAUGUUGCAUAACAUACUGUCUCCCAUGCGUGACGUUUGGUCAGAUCGCAGAGAUGUUGGACGAGGGUCAAAGCUCGUGCAUGGGCCAAGGCUGCGUCUAUUGCGUCUUGAUGAUGUUUACGUGCCAUUGGUUGUACGCAUGCUUGUUUCGAGAAAGACUCCGAGCCAAAUACGGGUUGCCGGCUGAUCCCUGUAACGAUUGCUGCGUUCACUUCUGUUGUCAUGCGUGUGCUCUUUGUCAAGAACAUGCCCAACUCAAACACAGAGGCCUCGAUCCAUCUAAAGGUUGGAUAGGGCCACCAAAUGCUCCUCCACAGAUGCCACCAACAAUGGAAAGAUGA